UGGCUGUCUCAGCUCGCCGGCGGCCCGGAAGGGCUUCCGGUUUCCCGGCAGGCCCGAGCGGGCCUGAACUUCCGGCCUCGCCGCGCGGGGCGGGACGGUCUUUUCGCUCUCUCCCGCGGUGUUCGUGAGCGCUGCAGCCAUGUCUUACCCCGCUGAUGAUUACGAGUCCGAGGCUGCUUAUGAUCCGUAUGCUUACCCGGGCGACUAUGAUAUGCACACAGGAGAUCCAAAGCAGGAUUUAGCCUACGAACGGCAGUAUGAACAGCAAACCUACCAGGUGAUCCCCGAAGUGAUCAAAAACUUCAUCCAGUAUUUCCACAAGACCGUCUCGGAUUUGAUUGACCAGAAGGUGUAUGAGCUGCAGGCCAGCCGUGUCUCCAGUGAUGUCAUUGACCAGAAGGUGUAUGAGAUCCAGGACAUCUAUGAAAACAGUUGGACCAAGCUGACAGAAAGAUUCUUCAAGAAUACACCUUGGCCUGAGGCUGAAGCCAUUGCUCCACAAGUUGGCAACGAUGCUGUCUUCUUGAUUUUGUACAAAGAAUUAUACUACAGGCACAUAUAUGCCAAAGUCAGUGGAGGACCCUCCUUGGAACAGAGGUUUGAAUCUUAUUACAACUACUGCAAUCUCUUCAACUACAUUCUUAAUGCUGAUGGUCCUGCUCCCCUUGAACUACCCAACCAGUGGCUCUGGGAUAUCAUCGAUGAGUUCAUCUAUCAGUUCCAGUCAUUCAGUCAGUACCGCUGUAAGACUGCCAAGAAGUCAGAGGAGGAGAUUGACUUUCUCCGUUCCAAUCCCAAAAUCUGGAAUGUUCACAGCGUCCUCAAUGUCCUUCACUCCCUGGUAGACAAGUCCAACAUCAACCGGCAGUUGGAGGUGUACACAAGCGGAGGCGACCCUGAGAGCGUGGCUGGGGAGUAUGGACGGCACUCCCUCUACAAGAUGCUUGGCUACUUCAGCCUGGUGGGGCUUCUGCGUCUGCACUCCCUGCUGGGGGAUUACUACCAGGCCAUCAAGGUGCUGGAGAAUAUCGAACUGAACAAGAAGAGCAUGUAUUCCCGUGUGCCCGAGUGCCAGGUCACCACGUACUAUUACGUGGGUUUUGCAUACUUGAUGAUGCGUCGCUACCAGGAUGCCAUCCGGGUCUUUGCCAACAUCCUCCUCUACAUCCAGAGGACCAAGAGCAUGUUCCAGAGGACCACAUACAAGUAUGAGAUGAUUAACAAGCAGAAUGAGCAGAUGCACGCGCUGCUGGCCAUCGCCCUCACCAUGUACCCCAUGCGUAUAGACGAGAGCAUUCACCUCCAGCUGCGGGAGAAGUACGGGGACAAGAUGCUCCGCAUGCAGAAGGGUGACCCACAGGUCUACGAGGAGCUUUUCAGCUACUCCUGCCCCAAAUUCCUGUCGCCUGUAGUGCCCAAUUACGACCACGUGCACCCCAACUACCACAAGGAGCCCUUCUUGCAGCAGCUGAAGGUGUUUUCCGAUGAAGUGCAGCAGCAGGCCCAGCUCUCGACCAUCCGCAGCUUCCUCAAGCUCUACACCACCAUGCCUGUGGCCAAGCUGGCUGGCUUCCUCGACCUCACAGAGCAGGAGUUCCGGAUCCAGCUGCUUGUCUUCAAACACAAGAUGAAGAACCUGGUGUGGACCAGUGGCAUCUCCGCCCUAGACGGCGAGUUUCAGUCAGCCUCUGAGGUUGACUUCUACAUCGAUAAGGACAUGAUCCACAUCGCAGACACCAAGGUCGCCAGGCGCUAUGGGGAUUUCUUCAUCCGGCAGAUUCACAAAUUUGAGGAGCUCAAUCGAACCCUGAAGAAGAUGGGACAGAGACCCUGAGUGCAUUCACACUUGCAUUAGACAGGAACCUAUUUUGAUGUCAUUGUAGGCAGAGAGUGUUUUUACCACUAUGAAGCCUUUGCCUAGCUCAGCCAUCAGCCAGUCCACUGAGUUGGAGUUUGUUUGAAUCAAGGACUGAAAUGUUUUAAAUUGGUCUCAGUAAAGGAUCUUCUUUGCGGCCAGA